AUGGCUGCUCAGCAAGGGAUAGCCACCGUGGCCCUGCGGGUUCUGGAAGAAGCCCUGGCAGGGAGUUUGACGGCAGCCGGGGACGCGGCGGACUCGGCGGCCUCCGAGGGCGCCUACUACCUGGAGCAGGUCACUAUAACUGAAGCAUCUGAAGAGGAUUAUGAAUAUGAAGAGAUACCAGACGACAAUUUUAGCAUUCCAGAAGGUGAAGAAGAUCUGGCAAAAGCAAUUCAGAUGGUCCAAGAACAAGCUACAGAUACUCAAAUUCUGGAACAGAAAACAGUUCUUCCUUCAAAGCAUGCAGUACCUGAAGUAAUAGAAGAUUUUCUCUGCAAUUUCCUGAUCAAAAUGGGAAUGACCAGAACUCUUGAUAGCUUUCAGUCUGAAUGGUAUGAAUUAAUACAGAAGGGAUUAACUGAACUUAGAGGUGUUGGGACUGUUCCAGACGUCUACACCCAGGUUAUGCAUUUAGAAAAUGAGAAUAAACAUUUAAAGAAAGACUUGAAGCACUAUAAACAGGCAGCUGAGUAUGUUAUUUUUUAA